UGCGUCCUGGUAUGGGCGAUGAUCCUAUGAAAGGAGCGCCAGGAGAUAUACCAGAAACAGGUGGAAUAAUUCCGAAAGGAUUGACAACAAGCCAAAAUCUCAAAUCUCAAAAGGUUCCACAAAAUAAAGAACCUUCGCCCAAACUAAAUCAAGUUGUAAAGGUUCCACCUCGAGCUGGUCCGGGAGGAAGUAGUGAAGCUCCAACUUCAGGAAGUCAAAAUGAAAGAUGCGCCACCACCAAUUUCCGAUGUUCGAAAACUUCCAUGGCAAAAAAAGAGGAAGCAUGUAUUUUGGUCAGUGGUCCUCCUAAUAAUACUUUAAUUACGCCGAAAAGCAAACAACGUAUUUCAUGGAAUCAAUCUCCUUGUCAAAUGUUGUACAACGGAAGCUCAAAGAAAAGUGACUUGUCAAAAAGAGAUUAUUCACCAAACGGCAAGCAAAUCCAUAAAUUUGUAAAGGAUUGUACCUUUCCUUUUAUGAUGACCGAAAAACAAACGCGAACGUAUGGGCCAACUGCUAUUGAACUACACGAACAUUCGGACGAUAAUACGGAAAAUAUCUCUAGUGGUCAUCAGUUAUCAUUACCUUCGGCUAUUAUUCAAUCAUGGGUCGGACUAAUAAUUGCGUUAAUACAAAAUUUUUAUCUGAAUUAG